AAGCGCUAUACAGCAUACAGGUGGAUAUUUAUACCGACUGUGUCCACUGAACUGGAUAGAACAGUCACAACCUUGACGUAGGUCAAAGGACCUAAAGAGCCAUGUCUGUAGAGUGGGUUAUAAAGAAUGCAGCUAAAACGGUAGGGGAAGGGCCCCACUGGGACAGUGCUACCAAUACAUUACUGUACGUAGAUAUUUACGAUAACGCUAUUCAUAGAUAUAAUCCAGCAACAGGAUCAGACGAAAAAAUUAAACUGGACGGUACAGUAGGUUUCGUAGUUCCCGCCAAAAAAGGUGGAUUGAUAGCAGGAGUGGGUCGUUGUCUAGUUCACGUAGACUGGGACACAAAGAGGACAACCAAAUUACACGAGGUGGAUAAAGGUCUAGAGACACGCUUUAAUGAUGGAAAAUGUGAUCCGAGAGGAAGAGUCUGGGCAGGAACAAUGGGACCUGUAGUACCGGAUGUACCCAACAUGAAGAAAAUAGGCAGUCUGUAUUGUUUAGAUCUAGAUGGCACGCUGCGCACGAUGAUUAAGGAUGUAGGAAUUUCAAACGGACUAGCUUGGUCAGAGGACGGAAAGUCGAUGUAUUAUAUCGACUCCACUCCACGACAACUUUACAGAUAUGACUUCGACCCUUCCACAGGCAGCAUAGACAACAAAACUGUAAUCGUUGACAAUUCUGGUAAGUCAGUACCAGAGUUUGGUUUACCAGAUGGAAUGACACUAGACACAGAAGGAAAGGCAUGGGUCGCCAAUUUUUUCAGCAAAAAGGUUGUCCGUUAUGACACAAACACUGGUAUGUUGAUAUUUGAUUACGGACCAUUUAAUUUUGCUAGAAUUGUUCCUCUUACAUCCUGA